AUGAAUUACGACGAAUCACCCUCUCACGCGCUCACCGGCGCCCAGCGCGGCCCGAAGCGUACAACUCCCCGCACUCUACGUCCGUAUAGCCGCCCUUCAUUCGGCGGCAACGGCGUGGACAAUGGCAAUGGCAGCGCUGCUGGAGGCCUGUUGACCCCCUCUGCAGGGUCAUCGUACACCCCAGGUCGCUAUGGCGGUGGCGGACUACCUCGCUCUGGGUCCGAGAGUCUGCUGUCCAUGUCAGUCUCUGGCAUCAAGAGCAUGUUCUCCCGCCCGUUGAAGUGGCUCUCGACGCCCAGCAAGUCCCCUGUCAACGCCAACAAGCGCGACUCGGAGGCGAGCUUUGGCGUCGAUCCCGAGGACCCCGUGAGCCCCAGCGAGAGGCGCGCAAGCAAGCGCUCGCGUCGCACGUCGCCCACGAGGGGACCGUACGACCCCCGCACCGCCGAGCCCAUCAACAACGCGUUUGCGCUCCCGGCCCUGCCCUCCCACGUCAACCUGGCAUCCUCAGCCUCGGCAUCUCGCCGCUCCCUCUCAGCCUCCCAGUCCAUGCCCUACCUGGACCCCCCACGUAGCAUGUUGCAGCCUGCGACGCCGCGCGCCACCGCAACGGCAACCUCGGGUCUGCGUAACAGUCGCGCGCUCGGCCGCUCGCGCCGCAUGGAUCUCUCGGCGCUUGCCGAUGGCGCCGGCGAGGAGCACGAUGAGUAUGAGCACACGCCCGUCAAGAGCGUUGCAGGGAGCCCGUCGGACGCCUGGAGCCCUUGGAGGGAGACGCGCGAUACGUCGUCUCGCGCGGCCACCACCCGUGUUGCCAACAACAACAAUGCCCUCGCUUCCAUGUCGCCGUUCCGUUCCCUCGGCGCCAGCGCUGGCCGCGGCCUCUCGCGUUCCUCCACCCUCGUCAGCCACUUGGGACGUGAGGCGAGCGUGGCCUCGGACGUGAGCAUGGGCGACGGCCGUGGCAGUCUCCGCCAGUCUUCGCGCCUGCGCCACUCCGUCAGCAUGCGCUUUGACCGAGUGACGGAGGAGGAUGACCGUAUGGGCAGCCUCCCCGAACCCCGCUCCGCCAACUCGGACAACAGCAACUGGCUUACCCGCUCGCAGUCGGUGUCUCGCGCCACUGGUCGCUCGCUGGCCGCUGCCGCGUCCGGCGUUCAGCUGCCUCCUGUUCGCAAGGGCCAGAUGGUCUGGGAUGCCGAAAAGGGCUUUGUCCGCGCCAGCGAGCUGCAGGCCGAGGCUCCCCGUCUUCCCCAGCAAAACGACGCUGAGCGUAUCCUGUGCGCCCUCGAGUCGAUGCGCAAGACUCCCCUCAUUGAUGCGUCGGCACCUGGGCUCCCCUCCGCGCUCGUCGGGUCGUCGUCGCGCAACCUCCGCAAGGCCAUUGCCGUCCCCCUCGCCACCUCUCAGGCCAGCGAGAACGCACGCAGCAAGCGCCACGGUGGCGACUGGAUGCAGGACAGCGUGUCCGCCAUGAUCUCGCCGUACGGCCGUCGCAAGGCCGUCGAGCAGGUCGCGCGUGACGAGCGCCGUGCUGCCCGCCGCCGCGAAGAGUCUGAAAUGAGCGAGAUGGAAGUGGACGGCGCCUCGCGCCACUCUUCGGCUCACUCGUCACGCAGCCACAGCUACGUCUCUGACGACCACAUGUCGCAGACUUCGCAGCAGCGUUCGCCCGCUCGCCGUUCGGCUCGGUUGAGGGCCAGGUCCUCUGAACCCGCCGAGGAGACCCCCAAGGCGACCCGCAGGAGCAGCCGCACCCCCAAGGCGCCCAGCAAGUCGCCCGAGCCUAGGCGUACCACCCGCAGGCGUCAGGAGACCACUCCCCCAGCCGAGAACGAGCGCGAGGCUUCACCUCCUGCCUCCGCCGUCCCGGCCACAGUGCCUCUCCUCACCACCACGGCCCCGUCGCCCAGCUCCAGCAAGACCGACGGAUACCAGGUCCGCGACGACACUGAACCCCGCGCGCGUUCGUCACUGCGCACCGCCACUGAGCGUCGCCACCGUUCGCACCAGGGUGCCGCGAGCUACAACUCGUCGCGCGCUACGAGCCCCAACGGUGGCAGUGGCGCUGGCCGGUUCUCGGCUCGCGACGAGGACCUGCCCGACAUGGAUGAACUCGAGUCGGCCAAGAUUCCUCUCACGUCGUUCAAAAACUUCUCAAUGCCGCUGUUCACUCCUUCCCCCGCUCCUGAGCCAUCCAAGACUCCCGAGGUGGCCGAGACCACUGCCGACAAGUCGUCGUCGGCGGAUGCCGCCGCUCCGCUUCUCUCGUCUCGUCUCAGCGUGACUCCGGCCCCUGCUCCUCAGCCUGCUUCGUCGCUCUCGGUUCCUUCUUCGUCCGUUGGCCGCACCUCGCUCUCGCGUCUCGGUUCCGGUUUGUCAAGCCGUCCUCGCGCGUCAUCGCCCCUUGCCGGAAGCUCCAUGGUCGCCGAGCCUGACUCGCCCGACGCGUCCAAGGUCGUCGGCGCUCCCGCUGCCUUCACCGCCCCAUCGGCGCCUCCCACUGGCCAGAUUUUCUCUCUCGCCGCCGCAGCUCCUGCCACUCCUUCCCUCACGCCUCCCACUGGCACGACUACGCCUGCGGGCAAGCCUCCCGCUGGUGCUGGCUUCUUCCUCCCCCCCAAGUCGGACUCGAGCAUGGGCCUCAGCAAGCCGUCCACCUCUGCUCCGGCUGCUGAAGGCGGUAUCCCCAACUUCUUUGGUGGUGCCGCCACUCCUCCCGUCGCUGCAGCUCCCAAGGCUCCAGCAUUCGACUUUGGCAUCGCGUCCAAGCCCGUCGAGGCAAAGCAGCCUGUUGUUUCGAGCUUUUCGUUCGGUUCCGGCUCGAGCACCCCUGCCGCCACCUCGGAGCCUGCCAAGGCCGCACCUUUCUCGUUUGGAGCUGUCGCGGCCCCCAAGGAGAGCGUCGCCCCUGCGACUGAGGGUGCGCCGUUCUCGUUUGGCGCUGCCCCCAAGGAGAGCGUCGCUCCUGCCACGGAAGGCGCACCGUUCUCGUUCGGUGCUCCGGCAUCCAAGCCCGCCGAGGCCCCCAAGCCCACCGCUGGGUUCUCGUUUGGCGGCUCAUCGUCUGCUGCCGCUUCCAAGCCGGCCGAGGCACCCAAGCCCACCACUGGCUUUUCAUUCGGUGGCCCCUCUGCAGCCUCUACUCUUAAGCCGGCCGAGGCUGCCAAGCCCGCUCGCAUGUCGUUUGGCAACACUGCUGCCCAGCCUGACGCGGCCCCCACUCCCUUCUCGUUUGGUGCGCCCAAGCCCGCCGAGGCCGCUCCCAAGCCUGCCGCUCCGUUCUCGUUUGGUGCUCCCGCCGCAUCCAAGCCUGCUGAGACUACACCCAAGCCGGCCGCGCCCUUCUCGUUUGGUGCUCCCUCAGCCUCCAAGCCCGCGGAGAAGCCUGCCGACAAGCCUGCGUUCUCGUUUGGCGCGUCGUCCACCACCGCCCCGGCCGCCAACGGUGCCAACGGCUCGUUUGGUGUGACUGCUCCCGCCACAACCACGGCUGGACCUUCGACUGGCUUUGGCGCCAACGCCAAUGCCCCUUCCUCCAGCACCCCGUCGGCCAUGUUUGGCCAGACGAACGGUACUGCGCCGUCGACUGGUUUCGGAUUUGGAGCCGCCCCUGCUCCUGCACCGGCGGCGGGCCCAUCUGCCGGUGGUCCCUUCACCUUUGGCACUCCGGCCACUGGUGGGUUUGGUACCAGCGCCCCGGCCGCCAACUCGUCGACCCCGUCUUUUGGCUUUGGAGUGGCACCCGCCACCUCUGCGUCGACUGGCUUUGGUGUUCCCGCCGCCGGGUCGACUGGCUUUGGCAACCCCCCUGCUGCGGCCUCUGGCGGCUUUGGCUCUGGCGCUGGCUUUGGCGCUACUGGCUCUACCAGCACCCCUUCAAACCCUUCGUUCAGCUUUGGCCAGACUGCCCCUGCCGCCCCCAGCACGCCGACGGCAGCGACCACAUCGUUCUCGUUUGGCGCCUCGGCUCCCGCCGCAAGCGCAUCGACCCCCGCUGCGCCGUUCACUUUCGGCGCUCCUGCCAACGGCCCCAGCGGCAACAGUGCCGCCGGUCCAUUCCAGUUUGGCGCAGCCAGCAGCAGCAGUGCCGCCGUCCCCGCCGUCCGCUUUGGUUCGCCGGCGCCCGAGGCUGCUCCAGCCGGUGGCAAUGGCUUCAGCCUCGGUGUCAACGCCGCCGACCAGACCCCCGGUAGCCCCGGUGCGCGCAAGAUCAAGCCGCUGCGACGCGGCGCCGUCAAGCGCUAA